AUGGCUAUGGACCCUCAAAUGAACAAGCUCCUCAAAUGGAGUGUCCAGAACUCGCAAGCGUCGCAGUCUGAGGAUGCUGCUCCCAAUGCCUCGGAAGCCGCGCGCACCCUGACCCCGGACAUGAUCAACACUCUCUUCGGCGGCCCCUCCGAGGCCGACCUGAUGAAGGCGGCUAUGGAAGUGCUGCACUCGGACGAUUCGGACUUGGAGAACAAGUUGAUCGCAUUUGACAACUUUGAGCAACUGGUUGAGGGCAUUGAUAACGCGAACAACCUGGAGCCGCUGGGACUGUGGACGCCGCUUGUCCAACUGCUCCAGCACGAGGAGGCCGACAUUCGACGCAUGGCGGCAUGGUGUGUGGGGACUGCAGUGCAGAACAACGAGAAGGCCCAGGAUAAGCUUAUUGUGUUGAACGCCAUUCCCACCCUGGUGUCCGUGGCUACCACGGAUUUGAACCCGGCCACCCGCAAAAAGGCUGUGUACGCCCUCUCUUCGGCGGUGCGCAACUACCAGCCCACCAUGAACGAAUUGACGAAGCACCUCCCAGAGGGCUACUCGAGUGAAAAGACCGAUGCAGGCGACAUGGACGCCGUGGACGCCGUCAUGGACAAGCUGCGAUCCCAUCCGGUUGAAUCUUCCGCAUGA